AUGGACAUUCUUAGUCAACCCAUUCGCAACACCCCGGAACACCAGUGCUCAUGUGCAGCCGGCCGUGCGUCACGAAAGACCCGCGACGCGAGCACCUCAGAACAUACCACGGGCACUUUAACCUAUCCACAGUUGAAGUUAGACAAUGAAAUAUGCAGAUGUGUAACGUACACAUUCGGUGUGUCGAGGUAG